UUGAACGAAUCAAUUGGAUAGACGAGCUACGAUAAUUACUGGAUUUUCAGUAUUACGUAAAUUAUUCAACGACACGCGGUAGAUUGUGUCUGCCUUAGACACUUAAGCGAAAUCUUUAGUUGAAAAAUUGCAAUUCGCCGAUUCGACCGAUUACGACUACAUUUUACCAAUCGAAAUUGAUUACGAGUAAAUCUCUGGUGGAAAUUGCUGCGCGUUCGUUAUCCUCGAUGGCUGAAUCGUUGGCAAGUCACGGCGUAGUGCCGGACGUGGUCGACAAAGCACCGGAGAAAGUACUAAAUGUUGCUUAUCCGAACAAUAUCACCGUCGACAUUGGAAAAGUGUUGACUCCGACGCAAGUCAAGGAUCAGCCAGAAAUCAGUUGGGAUGCGGAUGCGAACGCCUAUUAUACUCUAUGCAUGACCGACCCUGAUGCACCGAGUCGUAAAGAUCCGAAAUUUCGUGAGUGGCAUCACUGGCUGGUAGGAAAUAUUCCUGGCGCGGACGUUUCGAAAGGAGAGGUCCUUUCCGAAUACGUCGGGUCUGGUCCGCCGAAGGGCACCGGGUUGCAUCGUUACGUUUUCUUGCUGUACAAGCAGUCCGAGAAGCUGAAGUUCGACGAGAAACGCUUAACGAAUAGGAGCGGCGACAACCGAGGACUAUUUUCGAUAAGAAAAUUUGCCGCGAAGUACAAACUCGGCGAUCCCAUCGCCGGGAACAUGUACCAGGCGGAGUUCGACGACUACGUUCCCCUCCUCUACAAACAGCUGGGAGGAUAAAAUCGUCCCUGAAGCCUUUGUUCGCGGAGAACUCAAUUCUUCCAAUGUAACCUACGACGUAUCAUUAAAUCUCUUACUUAUCUAA